UCGCCGCGCGACCAAAUGCAAAUAGUGAAUAUAAACAUUGCGAGAGUUAGACAAGCUUUUCUGGCAAAGAGCCUUUUUCGUGGAGCAAAAAAUCGAUUUUUGUCGUCUGGUUUGUACUGAUCAACAAAUUGCAGACGGGUAAAUUGAUCUCAUAACAAUUUCAACCACAAGGAAUAGAGAUGAUUCGCGGAAAAUCAUACUGGUUGAAAGCAUAUGUUCAAUUGCUUGUUUCUUGUUGACCAAGGUUGAAAGAACCACGCACCUGUCGAGUGAGAAAUUUUCGAAUUUCUUGGCUCGGAUUUGUUACGGAGUUUUUGCCCGCAAAACCACAAGUGCACCAACGUGGACUGUUAAAAUAAUCUUUUCUGGGAUUUGUGGCAGAGUUGGGGUGAGAAAAAACGCCCAGCGCCGAUGAGGAAUUCCCUUUGGAAAUGAAUGAGUUGAAUACGGUUGCAGUCAAGGAAAUUGUUAGCAUAAGGGAAGAAGAAAAACUAGACAAAGAAGAGGAGGAACCAAGCAUGCAAGAUGUGGAAAUUCCGGGCAGUUCAAACAACGUGCAAGAUUGUGAGCUGCACAAGCAACGCAGUCAAACAUCGUCCUCGCCGCCGCAAACAGCGAAACGAAAAGAUCGCAUAAGCAUUAAUGUUGGUGGUAUCAGACACGAAACGUAUCGUAGUACACUAAAAAAUAUUCCCGACACUCGUUUGUCGUGGCUUGCAGAUGCCUCGCCUGGUUCCGUGGACUAUGAUGCAGAUAUGGGAGAAUACUUUUUUGACCGCCAUCCAAGCGUAUUUUCUAAUGUUUUAAACUAUUAUCGCACGGGAUAUCUUCAUUGCCCGUUGGAUGUUUGUGGACCUUUAUUCGAAGACGAGCUGAAUUUUUGGGGAAUUGAUGAUCAGCAAGUGGAGUCCUGUUGCUGGUUAACGUAUCGACAACAUCGAGAUGCACAAGAAACGCUCGCUGCGUUCGAAGGAGUGGAAUUCGAAAACGAUUUUGACGAUGAAGAACAGCCUGAUUUUGGCCGAUACGGCUUCACAUUCGCGGCGGAAACCGAACCAAAUGUAACUUGGUGGCAGAAAUAUCAGCCGCGAAUUUGGACUUUAAUGGAGGAGCCGUAUUCUUCAAAGCUUGCGAAGGUCAUUGCAUACACGACACUGACACUGAUCGUCCUGUCAGUGAUCUUGUUCUGUUUGGAGUCCAUACAAUAUUUCCGUGAGGUAAAACCCAAGCUGGCGCUUCAAAUCUUGGAAGCAAUCUGCGUUGCCUGGUUUACGCUGGAACUUUUGGUUCGAUUCAUCUUUUGUCCACAUAAAUUGGCAUUCUUCAAAAAAGUUAUGAACUGGAUAGAUUUUUUGGCGAUCGUGCCGUUUUACGUCAGCCUAUACCCAGCUACAGAGAACAGUGACAACGUGGAGAUCUUGAAUAUAAUUCGGCUCAUCAGAAUUUUCCGGAUUUUCAAACUUUCUCGUCACUCAUCCGGGCUUCAAAUCCUGGGACACACUUUGCGAGCAAGCGUGCGCGAGCUACUUCUACUAAUUUCGUUUUUGAUCAUCGGAGUUGUCCUAUUUGCUAGUUUAAUUUAUUACUGGGAGAAAGACGUUCCCAACACGAAAUUCUGCGACAUACCAAAUUGCUUCUGGUGGGCCGUGGUUACCAUGACGACCGUGGGUUAUGGUGACAUGGCACCCAUAACGCCUAUGGGUAAAUUUAUUGGCAGCAUUUGCGCGGUCUGUGGAGUGCUGACGAUAGCACUUCCGGUUCCUGUAAUUGUCAACAAUUUUUCUUUGUAUUAUUCUCACGCCCAGGCGAGACUUAAAUUACCGAAGAAGCGACGUCGAGUUCUCGUUAAUGCUCCGAACGCUCUUAAGGCGUCGGCCGUCGUCGAGAAUGGAAUGAGUGGUGAUUCCAAUGGCAGCUCUGAUAGCGGCUGCACUGAGAACAGUGCUGCAAAUGGUGGACGAAAGUGUAGUCUUCUGAUUACUGAUGAACUCAAUGAAGUUAAACCCAGACGGCCUGUGAGGAGGGAUAGUCAUUUGUUUAAUAAUACAUCAACUUCCAAUGGAGAUGUUGCUGCUACUGCUGCCACAACAAACAACAGCAGUCGACAGAGUUACGCCAUGCAGAAACGGCUGUCAAUGAGACCUACAGUACCCACCCUACCGGAAGUGGAAUGAAACCAACGAUACCAAACCUAGCGGAUGUGAAAUGAACCCUUCCCGAGAUUACGUAUCAUCUAUGGAGGUAAGGGAAGUGGGAGAGAAGUUAAACACUUCCCCCUCCCCCCUCCCCCCCCCAAACCUACCCCCAGAAGACUUUCAUUGAAACGAAGUUCGAGAGCAUGAGAGCAAUAAAGUCAAAAGCACGACCCACUGUCGUAACAAGGGGAAGAGUGCUUGGGUAUAGGUGUCGUCGGCUACUUUGUCAGUAAAAUCGUAUCAAGCGUGCUUUAAGUAAAACCCAGCCUUGACAUCAUUUUUAAACGUAUUCUUGAGAGAAGAUUUGGUGUCUUCAUUGCACGCGAAUUAAUAUAUCAAAGACAUAGUUGUGCUUUAAAUAUAUCGAAACUUAAUGGCUUAAUGGAUCUUAAGUGAGCGAAAAUGUUUCUUGUAAACAAAAAUAUUUGUUUACACAUUUGCAAUAUUGUUUAUUCAUUUCAUACAAAUGUGAAAUUCAGUAGCCCUUGGAUCUAUAAAGCAUCUUUGCUCGGAUGAAUCAAAAUCUGACAUUUUCAUUAUCUUCAGCUCAUAGGUCAUCGUUUUAUAGCUCAACUUAACUGAGCUUAUUAAUGGUUAAUACAUUUUAUGAAAAUGUGUUGGGACUGGCCGAGUCAUGCAAAAAAGACGAUUAUAAGGGAAGAUGGCUUUUGGCUUAAAAGUGCUGUUUAAAAAAGGAUAUUUGGAAUCAAUAACCCUAUGACGUAACACCGCUAACCGUCAAUGGUUCCUUUAGGGUCAGUUUAGUUGCCUGGCAGCAUCAUUUAUUAAACGGGGAAGACGUCAUUAUUUACAAUUUUGUGAAAUGUAACCAUGCUUUCGUAUCGAAGGGAUGUUAAGGACGAUCUUGAAAUGGUAAUGACGGAAAUUUGGUUCUCGUGGCAACAGAGUGAUAAGCAUGCAGAAUGUCACCUGAAGCUUCCUUCUUCGAAAGAUUGGCAACGAAGUACACAACUUUUUAAUUGACAACACCUAUAAAUACCGUAAAUUCCCAAAAAAGUGAUGAGCUAUGACGUUGAAUACUAACCUAAAUUUAAUUUGACAAGGACAUUUUUUUCUCUAAAAUAAUUAAAUUUGGGAGGUGUUGACAGAUUCGAAAUAUCGUUCUGUAAUCAAUAAAAAGGGCGCUUGCAACAAGAUUGGGAUCUCAAAUUGUCCACUAAGCAUUGAUAACUAAGUGUCAUCGCAAAUGUUUAUCACCUGAAAGGUUUUUAGACCGAACAUUAUAAAUCAAGUGGCGAUGAAGAUUGUAUUUAAAAAUUGCAAUGUAAUUAGAUUUUUUUCGACAAAAGCACACAUUCCUAGUAACGUUUACAAAUCAUAGAAAAGGUCACAUAUAAAGUCACAUACAAUAACAGAAUACUUAUGUGACCAAGAGUUUAUAUAUCCCUAAAUGUACAAAGUGUAUAUAGUUCAUAACUGUCACUUGAAGACUAUUUUCCUAGUAAGAUAGCCAGACAAUCCAAAAGUUAAGAAACAUGUCGAGUAGAUUUUUGUAGAUGUGUAGUUGAACUAAGACAUAAAGUUUGAAUAAAUCACUUUUAGAUAGUUGGA